AUGUUCCUGCGACCGCCUGCAGUGGAUCACGCGAAAGACGGAUGGCUCUUCCCAGCUAGCGCAGUCAUGCUCGAGGCGCUGCUCUGGGGUUUCCCAAGCGUCUUCGGUGUGUUUCAGGAUUACUAUAUCACGCAUCCUCCGUUCGCAGGGUCGCAAAGCACUGCAGUCAUCGGAACCUGUGCCAUGGCGACUAUGUACCUCGGAAUUGCAUGCGGCGUCUGCGUCAUGUGUCUCGCCCAGGGGCUGGGCUCGUUCUCAACUAGCGCCCCGCAACUCAUUACGAGUCGAGGCAUAGUCUACACCGUAGGGGGUGGCUUUGCUUGGACGCUCAUACUGCAGUACAUGCCCGAGUGGUUCGACAAGAUGCUUAGCCUCGCGUACGGCAUAGUACUAGCUGGGUCAGCACUGGCCGGCGUAGUAUUGCCGCCUCUCGUCCAGUGGCUCCUGUACGCGUACGGCUACCAGACCACCCUCCGCGUCUGCGCCAUUUUCAUGUUCCUCCUCGCCGUACCGAUGCUUCGAACGGCUGGCAUCUUUCGCUCUCGCAAUGUCUCUCAAAACUUUCUCAUCGCGCAGGCUGGUGAAUUCAUCGAGGCUCAGGGCUACUUCAUUCCGUUCGUCUACUUACCAUCGCAUGUGCGCCUGCUCGGUGCAAAUCACUUCCGCAGGAGCCUGACCGUAAUUCUCCUUAAUGGAGCAGCUUGUGUGGCAUGUAUCGUGAUGGGAGCAUUGAUGGAUCGCUACCACUUCAGCAUCGGGGUCCACAUAUCCUCCCUCGGUACCAUCAUGUCGGUGUUCUGCUUCUGGGUCUUCAGUGUACUCUAUGGUCUGCUUGGAUGCGCUUGGCUCUGCACACGGUCGGGUGUUGUGACAGAGAUGCAAAAGCAAGGGCGUGUGAAGGACCCAGGCCUGGUCUUCGCGACUUUGGCAGCCGGUCAGGGUACCGGAAGCAUCGCCAGCGGCCCGUUGAGCGAGUUGCUCAUCCGAGGUCGAUAUGGCGCAGCAGACGCAUUCACCAGUGUCACGGCAUUCGUUGGUAAUUGCAGUGUCGUGGCCAGACGGGCUAGCUGGAUCUGA